AUGCGUUGGGAGCUAAGUGAAACAAUAUGCGUUCCGUCUUUUAUUACUGCUACUAAUACCACUAUUUUAAAAGCACGCUUAGUUCAUAUUGUUUUAAAAAAUAGUUCAAAGUUACAUGAUGCAGUAGUUUAUGAGGCCCUACUAGAUACUUCUGAACCUCUUUUAAAAUUUGUUGAAAAGUCUAGCUUUGCACAAAGAUUUUGGUGUGGAUCUCACAGAGCAUUCGAUAUGGAAGUGCGAAAUGUAAACGGAAAACUUGUUAUGCAUCUCCAACGGCCAUUGAAGUGUUCAGCAGUUGUAUGUUUUUGUUGUCCUUAUGAAAUGAAAGUUGAAGCUCCAGUAGGUGAACCAAUGGGUAGUAUUGUUCAAAAUUAUGGACGAUUCGGUCAUACAUUUUACCUGAAAGAUUGGAAUGAUAAUAUAAAUUUAGAUAUAAAAGGUCCUUGGUUUUCUUAUACCUGUUGUUUUGAUCUUAUUUUAAGAUCAAUUGGACGGAUAAUAUGUCGUCGAGACCAAGAAAAUGAUAGUUUUCGUGUUGACUUCCCUUUAGACUUGGAUUAUCGUAUGAAACUUUUGCUUAUUUGUGCUGCAAUAUUUUUGGAUUUUGUAUACUUUGGAACCAAAUGA